AUUACAAGCCGUCAGGCUGCAAUUCUAUAGUGGGUUAUAUAGUAUGGUCACGCACCCGUAGGGCCUCAGCGCCUACCGCCGUGCCGUGACACCCGCGCGCUGCUUUCGGCCAUCGAAUCGUCGGCUAUCAAAUCUCGCCCCUCGCCGCUCUGUUACCUCCACCUGGUCCAGGGUGGCCAAGCAAUUAGCUAGGUGGCGGCCGACGCAACUGCCUUCGGCUGCCGCGACUGGGACUUUGCCUAUGUUGUGACUGGCAUGUGGCCGCGCGACAGCGACGACAAUGGGACGGACGCAGCCCAAGCCGCCGAGGACUGGGUUUAUAAGGCCGUCAAUACCCUGCUGCCUAUCAGCCAGGGCGUGUACAGCGCCGACCUAGGCCCCGACCCCCGGGACGCCCCUCUAGCCGUGCGAGCCUUCGGCCCCAACCUGCGGCGCCUGGCCCGCAUCAAGAGUCACCUGGACCCGCACAACACGCUCGCCUACACGUGUCUACACCUUAAGACGCCCAAGUUCAUCAUCUUCGUCACGGGCGAGACUGUAAGAGAAGGCAGCAUCAGCGACGCGUUUAAGAGGGAGCACGCCACCGCUUUGGACGCUGACUACGACCGCCUCCUAGCCGACCGCAGCUACAAAGAACAGCACCGCACCGCGAUGGACGCGCUAUUCAGGCAGCAGAUUCAGCAGCGGCUUGCGCUGCCUGCGGAGCGCUUCUAGGACGUCGUGUACGGCAACGCCAACAUCGACGUGCUGCUAGUAGCAGGCAUGCGGGAUGCUGCGCCGGUGGCCGCAUUUGCACACUUGCGUGCCACAGCCGCGUCGUCAACAUCCGCGUAACAGCAGCCAAGACGACACUAUUACACACUACUCGACUGUAAGGGUCAUCUUUCUGUAAGGGAGCAGAGGCUCCAUAGAUUUUUGAGGUUAGUAAUUGUGAAG